CAUGCGCAGCCCUUACUCUACGGUUCCCCAGACUCGGGUGACAACAGCCGCCCUCCGUUAGCUCACGGACUGUCCGCCUGUCAGGGGCCCGGGGCUGGACGCGCCAUCUGAGAGAGUCAGGGGGACAUAGUGUGGGCAGCGGACGCUAAGCGAAAGCCACGACGCCGAAGAGUCGGUGAGUCUUUGAUCCGCACCGCCCGCCCGAUAACAACGCGCCCGCUGCCCGGCAGCUGCUGGCCGGUCGGUCCGUUUGCCGAGUUGCCGCUAACGCUAGCAGGCGGGCUAACGCCGCGGCAGAUCACCGUCCCCAGCGUCCCGGUGCCCGUUCAUCAUGUUCUGCUCCCGGUGAGUGGAGCCGCGGGCAGCUGCUAGCCCGGAGCUAACGGCUAGCUCUCCGAGGAUGGUCGCAGUGAGGGCGGCUGCUCUGGAGGAUCGGCCCGGAUGUUCUGAGCUUCACGGCUUCACCCGUCCUGCUGGACCCGGACUGCCGCUCACCGAACCGGGCGUGUGAGUCCGGCUGCUCAGACCCGCGGGAGCGGCAGCCAUGCAGGCGGCGCAGCCGCAGUACGACUUCUUCAGCGAAGAGAACGGUCCGAAAUGGAGAGGCCUGCUGGUGCCCUCACUGGAAAAGGUACUGAACCAGGUGCAUCCUAACCUGGUGUCCCAGCAGGAGGCGCUGCAGUACGUGGAGGAGCUGAUCCUGCAGCUGCUCAGUAUGCUGUGUCAGGCUCAGCCACGCACGUGCCAGGACGUCGAGGAGCGCGUGCAGAAGAGUUUUCCUCACCCGAUCGAUAAGUGGGCACUCAGUGAUGCUCAGAGCGCCAUUGAGAAGAGGAGGAGGAGGAACCCGCUGGCGCUGCCUGUUGAUAAGAUCCAUCCCCUGCUCAAGGAGGUGCUGGGCUACAAGAUCGACCACCAGGUGUCCGUGUACAUGGUCGCCGUCCUGGAGUACAUCUCUGCGGACAUCCUGAAGCUGGCGGGAAAUUACGUGAGGAACAUUCGACACUAUGAGAUCUCCCAGCAGGAUAUCACCGUGGCCAUGUGUGCCGACAAGGUGUUGAUGAACAUGUUCCACCAGGACGAGGAGGACAUCAGCGGCUUCCCGCUAAUGGAUGAGGAGCCAUCAGCCAGUGAGGAGCAGAGUUACUACGAGCUGGUGAAGAGCUUCAUGGCGGACUGUCGGCAGUACCUGAGGCAGCUCAACCUGAUCAUCAGGGUAUUCAGGGAGCCCUUCAACUCCAACUCCAUGCUCUUCUCCCAGCAUGAUGUGGACAGCAUCUUCAGUCGGAUCCUGGAUAUCCACGAGGUAACGGUGAAGCUGCUCGGUCUGAUUGAAGACACGGUGGAGAUGACCGGUGAGGGAAGUCCUCAUCCUCUGGUGGGGAGCUGCUUCGAGGACCUGGCUGAGGAGUUGGCUUUCGACCCGUAUGAGACGUACGCUCAGGACAUCCUGCGCUCUGGCUUCCACGAACACUUCCUCAGUCAGGUGUCCAAACCUGGAGCUUCCUUCCACCUGCAGUCCAUCUGCGAGGGCUUUAAAGAGGCCGUUCAGUACGUUCUGCCCAGGCUGCUGCUCACACCUGUUUACCACUGCCUGCACCUGUUCGAGAUCCUCAAGCAACUGGAGGAGAAGAGUCAGGAUGACGAGGAUAAAGAGUGUCUGAAACAGGCCAUCACGGCUCUGCUCAACCUGCAGAGCAGCAUGGAGAGGAUCUGCUCCAGGAGCCUGGCCAAGAGGAGGCUCAGCGAGUCGGCGUGCCGUUUCUACUGCCACCAGAUGAAGGGUAAGCACCUCGCCAUCAAGAAGAUGAACGAGAUCCAAAAGAACAUCGACGGCUGGGAGGGGAAGGACAUUGGCCAGUGCUGCAAUGAGUUCAUCAUGGAGGGUACCUUGACCCGCGUCGGCGCCAAACACGAACGCCACAUCUUCCUGUUCGACGGCCUGAUGAUCUGCUGCAAGUCUAAUCAUGGCCCGCCGCGACUGCCUGGCGCCAGUUCCACCGCAGAGUACCGUCUCAAAGAAAAGUUCUUCAUGCGCAAAGUUCAGAUCAACGACAAAGAUGACAAGGAGGGCGAGUACCGCCACGCCUUCGAGAUCAUCCUGAAAGACGGCAACAGCGUGGUGUUCGCCGCCAAGUCUGCAGAGGAGAAGAACGGCUGGAUGGCGGCGCUGAUCUCGCUGCAGUACCGCAGCACGCUGGAGCGCAUGCUGGACACCGCCAUGCUGCAGGAGGAGAAGGAAGAGCAGAUGAGACUCCCCGGCGCCGAGGUGUACCGCUUUGCCGAGCCCGACUCCGAGGAGAACGUCGUGUUCGAGGAGAACGUCCAGUCCAAGUCCGGCAUUCCCAUCAUCAAGGCGGGGACUGUCCUGAAGCUGAUCGAGAGACUCACCUUCCACAUGUACGCAGAUCCAAACUUUGUCCGGACUUUUCUGACCACCUACAGAUCGUUCUGCAAACCUCGGGAGCUGCUGGACCUGCUCAUAGAGAGGUUUGAGAUCCCGGAGCCAAAGCCGGCCGACGCCAAUCAGACGGAGGGAGGAGAACAGCCACCCAGCGCUGAAGUCAAACGGUUCCGGAAAGAGUUUGUCCAACCUGUUCAGCUCAGAGUGUUGAAUGUUUGUCGCCACUGGGUUGAACAUCACUUCUAUGAUUUUGAGAGAGACCCUCUCCUUCUGAGCGAGAUGGAGGACUUCAUCGCUUCAGUCAAAGGUAAGGCGAUGAAGAAGUGGGUGGAGUCAAUCACCAAGAUCAUCCAAAGGAAGAAGCAGGUCCAGGUGAGCGUGCCCAGUCACAGCAUCACCUUCCAGAAUUCCCCUCCUCCCAUCGAAUGGCACAUCUGCAAACCCGGAGACACUGAGCACUUCGACCUUAUGACCCUGCACCCCAUCGAAAUCGCCCGCCAGCUCACCCUGCUCGAGUCUGACUUUUACAGGGCGGUGCAACCGUCUGAGCUGGUCGGCAGCGUCUGGACCAAAGAGGACAAAGAGAUCCACUCGCCCAACCUGUUACGGAUGAUCCGACACACCACCAACCUCACCCUGUGGUUUGAAAAGUGUAUCAUAGAGACGGAGAACCUGGAGGAACGCGUCGCCGUCUUUUCUCGGAUUAUCGAAAUCCUGCAGGUGUUUCAGGAGCUCAACAAUUUCAAUGGCGUCCUAGAGGUCGUCAGCGCCAUGAACUCUGCACCCGUGUACAGACUGGAUCACACCUUUGAGCAAAUUCCGAGUCGUCAGAGAAAAAUCCUGGAGGACGCUCAUGAGCUCAGCGAGGACCACUACAAGAAGUACCUGGCUAAACUGCGCUCCAUCAACCCCCCCUGCGUCCCCUUCUUUGGAAUCUACCUGACCAACAUCCUGAAAACGGAGGAGGGAAACCCCGACUUCCUGCACAGACACGGCAAAGAUCUGAUCAACUUCAGCAAGAGACGGAAAGUGGCCGAGAUCACCGGAGAGAUCCAGCAGUACCAGAACCAGCCGUACUGUCUGCGGGUGGAGGGCGACAUCAGAAAGUUCUUUGAGAACCUGAACCCAAUGGGCGACCUGUCGGAGAAGGACUUCAGUGAUUAUCUCUUCCACAAGUCUCUGGAGAUCGAACCUCGGCAGCUUCGAUCGGCUCCUCGAUUUGCGAAGAAGUACACCUAUCCUCUGAAGUCUCCGGGGAUCCGACCCACUUCGGCCCGACCCGGCACCAUGAGACACCCGACGCCGCUGCAGAACGAGCCCAGGAAGAUCAGCUACAGCCGCAUCCCGGACAGCGAGUCCGAGGGGACGCCGGCCUCUGCCCCCAACUCUCCCCGUACCCCCCUGACCCCGCCCCCUGCCUCCGCCGCCUCCAGCUCCACAGAUGUGGGCAGCGUAUUCGACUCGCCGCAAGGACCCAGCAGCCCAUUCCACUCCAGGUCCUCUUCGGUCUCCUCCAUGGUGAGCUUCAGUCGGGCUUCUGAGGAUGUUCCCGUUCCUCCUCCUGUUCCUCCCCGCAGACGACCGGAGUCGGCUCCUGCUGAGUCUUCCCCCUCCAAGAUGCUGUCAAAGCUGGACAGCCCCCCCGCCAUUCCACCUCGUCAGCCCACCUGUAAGCUCCACCCUUCUCGUUACUCGUCACUGUCAUCAUCACCGCCUGACAGCCCCCCCUCCCUGCCUCCACGAGAGCCCCUCAGCUCCCCUUUGCACCUCCUGCCCCCCCCUCAGGGUCGUCCCCGCUGUGACCUCCUGCCUCAGGCUUUCUUCCCCCCCAACAUCUCUGGCCCAACCUCCAUUUGCUCCACCCCCACCACAUUGUCCUCCUCACCCCCUGCUCCUGUCACCCCCACCUCCAGGAAAUUACCCCUGCCUUCUCCACCCCUCCCCCCACUCCCUCCCCUCACCUUGGAUGGCCCCCCUGUGCCUCCACGCCACAGUGUUCCCAAACUCCCCCCGAAGACAUACAAGAGGGAUUCUGUUGGACAUGCCCCCAUGUUGGACACGCCCUCUGUGCGAUUGGACAGCCUGGAGAUCCAGAAGGUUCAGGGACAGGUGAUUGGACAGGCUGUGGAGGAGACGGAGCUAACACUACAGCUGAUUGGAUCAGAAGGAGGUAAAAAUGUGUGAUGGACCAAUCAGGACGCUCCGACUGCUUCGAACUGAGACUGACUGUAAAACAAAAAUGUGCUCUUAUUCUGAAAAUCUCUGAGCUCAGACCUCAGAGGGACGAGACCCUCAGGUACUGGCCUGGAGCCACACAGGUACUGCAGUGGUUCAGGUGGACCUGAUGAAGAAGAUGGUGAUGGUGGUGAUGUCAUUAUUAAUGAUGUAAACAAAAACAAGGGAAUAAACAUUUCUUUCACUGAGCUCGAAGAAACCUGGAAUUCACGUCUUUAUUUUACCUGCUGAGCACGCUCAGUGGGCCUGCACCAUCUGCGCUGAGCGUGGGGGGGGGACCAUCUUGUAAUUGGGGCGAUCACCUUGAGCAGGUUAAAAGGGUGGAGCCUGAUCCAGGUGUAAUGAUGAAGGUAAGAUGGUUUCUCCCUCUUUAAGAAGUGAGAGGCGUUUCCUUAAGAUUUUCAAAAUAAAGCCUGUAGGCACAUAGUUGGCUUCCUCACCAUUUUCUGUGACCUUUGCCCUCAUCAUUGCUAAGCAGGCGAGUCUACUAGCUCUCAGCUCCACGCUGUGUGAAGCUCCGCCUCCAUAAGUGACCUCUGAGAGUCCACUUCCUGUUUGUUAAUGAGAAACUCUAAAUAAAGUUUGUACAUUUGAAACGACA